CAAGCAGCAGCGCGCACACCUCCACGCUCCGCUGCGCUCGUGGCCUUUUUUUUUUUACUAUGGUGCACACGUGCGUGGUGGCGGGCUGCAGGAACAGACGGACACCGGGCACUUCUUUAUCGUUCUACCGGUUCCCCCGGGACCCCGAGAGGAAGCAGCGCUGGAUAGCCGCCGUUAACCGGGAGGGCUGGGUACCGAACGACGGCAGUCGGCUGUGUAGCACUCACUUCAUCUCAGGUAAACAGGUGAAGAAUCCUCGUUCUCCAGAUUAUGUCCCGUCUGUGUUCACGUCCGCUCCCUCGUCCCCGGAGAUGAAGGAGCCGGAUACUCCGGAGAUCCUGGACAAGCAAGAAGCUCGCGUGGAGGCGGCCAAGGCCUUGCUGUUCCUGCAGGGCCAGGGCCGGUCGGCGGUGGGGGGGCGUCCCGAGGAGAGGGAGCCGGGGGCCCCUGUGGAGGACAGCGCCUCCUCUUCACUCAGCAGCGACGAAGACGACGACGACGACUACAACGAAGCUAUGAGCGACAGCAAGAAAGGAAAGUUUGCUCAUACGUCUGACGCGGCGGUGAACUUUGACGACGUCCUCAGGGCCCUGAAGAAGGAGAACCAGACCCUCAGGGAGUCCGUGGACAAAAUGUCCCUCUCCGAGAACUCCUUGAGGAACGACGCGGAGAAGGUAAAGUUCUACACCGGCUUGCCAAACUUCUUCGUCCUGGAGACGGUCAUGUGGCUGCUGGCGCCUCACAUGGACGGCAUGAAGACCGCGAAGCUCUCCAAGUUCCAGCAGCUGCUGCUGACGCUGAUGCGCCUCCGCCUGGACCUGCGCAACCAGGACCUGGCCUACCGCUUCGGCGUGAAGGUCGGCACGGUGACCAGGACGGUGCACCAGAUGGUCAACAUCAUGUCCUCUACCUUGGUGCCGACGGCCGUCUUCUGGCCCUCCAGGGCCGAGCUCCGGAAGAACCUGCCGGCGGCUCUGCGCGCCUCCCACCCGGACUGCGCCGUCAUCGUGGACUGUUUCAAGGUGCCUUUUGAGGAGCCGGUCUCCCGGGUCAACCAGCAGCAUCAGCAUCAGGGGGCGGUGCUGAGCUCUCAGGGGGCGAGUCCCAACGUGUUAAAGUACCUGAUCGGUGUGGCGCCUCAAGGCGUGGUCACCUUCAUCUCCAGGGGCGUGCUGGGAAAUGUCAGCGACAAAACCCUGGCGGAGGGCUGCGGGUUCCUGUGCAAGCUCCUCCCCGGCGACGUCGUGCUGGCGAGCCGCGACCUCGACAUCGACGACUCCGUGGCCGCCAGAGGAGCCCUGUUGAAAAUGGCCGGCGAGGGGGCCCACCAAGGCUCCGAGGCCUCGCCGCCGAGCCCCGACGCCUCCUCGGAGGCGGCCAGCGUGCAGAGGCACGUGGAGAGGGUGAUCUCGAUGGUGAUGCACCGGUACGCCAUGCUCACGGGCCCCGUGGAGAGCCCCUUCACCGCGGUCUCCGAGCGCACCUCCAACCUCUCGACCUUCGAUAAGAUCGUGCAAGUUGCUUGUGCCUUAAACAACCUGUGCAUCUCUGCUGCUCCUCUAGAGUGAUCGGUACUGACGACUCACGCCUCGUGCUCCUUCAUGCUGGACACUUCAGACACUACGACACUUCAGUUCCCUUUACUGCUUUGGACCUCGAGACCUUUUUCUCCCACUACACGAUUGAUGUAGAAAACCGAGCAUAUGUGACUCCGCUGUUAUCUACAUCGCUCCAGAAACCACAUUGCUAAGAUGCAAUAACUUAUGCAACUCGGCUGCAAAGGAAGUUUUUUAUUUUUUAGUGAGUGUGGUUGGUGCAGGCGAUGUGCCAGGCCGAUCCAAUCCUGUCUUUUUCUUCACAGAACAAAUCCUACAGCAGCUGAUUGAUUCCUCCCAGCUGUUUCUUAUAAAUAAAGACCAGUGUGCACCAAACAGAGAGACGUUUAAACAAGAGCAGCAUGCAGAGUAAUGCAGAUAUGAUUUCAUAUCAAUCACUACGGGAGGAUUAGCUGCCUGUUAGCACAGACACACACACCGCCCACAGACCAAUCUACCACCAAAUGGGUAAAGUCUGGUGUUGUUGUUUUCCAGGUUGACGGCAGACGUCUUCUCCAACAGGGCUUUACUGGUGUAUUUGUUCUUUACACAAAACAAACAGCCCUUCUUGCAGAACUUUAAACUGCCGGGUGGUAAACUAAGUGGAAACGGACCAAAAGAAGAUGAAUAGUUUUCACCACAGAUGAGUUUAGGCCAGAUGGAUUCGUGUCCAUUCAGUGAUUGUAUGAUUAAUGAUGUCAAUAUUUACCACACUAGUGUUUUAAGAGACGUUUGUGCAGGUUACAUUUUGUUAAAUUCCAGUUCAGUGUUUAGCCUACAAUCGUUAAAGCGUUGGAGCAUAAUAUAAAGUAGUCUAACGUAGAUAACGGGGAGCAGGGUUAUGGAUAUAUUUGACAUGCUUCCGUCAUAUUGGAUCAAAGCAUCAUCCGGCUGCAAGUGACUGAAGGAUUGACGUUGUAGAAGGAAUGUUGUUGCUUUUGUUCACCGACACUGACGUCACAGACACGCACUGACGUCUUACAGUUAGUUUGUGACGCUUCGUUCGACGUGUUCUGUUUUAAUUGAUUGGAACCGUUUUGGACCACGAGCUCACGGAGACGCUUCUGUUCGUCACGGUACGAGGCUGCACGCUGUUUUAUACCCAAAUAUGGGCUUUCAUGUAGUUUACACCUAAAGAGAAUAUUUAUAUUCAGUGCAUCAUAAAAACAAACCCCCACUUGUUUAAACUCGUCUUUAGUUGUGCUGCAUUGCUGGUGCCUUAGUUUGUAAAGCUGGUCCUGAUCAGCCUGUGUUUCUACUAAUGUUUAUUUUUGCAUCUUACAAUAAUCCGUUAUUGUUCACCAAGUUUUAUGUGAGUGUUCUACGGAAGCUCAUUUACGCCGUUGUGAGGAACGAGAAUAAAAUAUUGUGUCUCAGAAUAAUGAGGUUAUUUUUUUUCUUAAUGUUUGGACAUAAGUAUCAAGAUUAUUUAGAGAAACGUAAGCAUUAUCUUCCAGAUCCCAAGUCAUUAUUUUGAGAUGCUAACUCUUUGUUUUGAGAUAUUAAGUCAUUGUUUUGAGAUAGUUUCUCAUUAUAAUGACUUACAGGAUUUUCUUUUUAAUCACAGUGGCACUAAUGGACUUCCAUUAACAGUAACAAAUGUCCCCCGUUCUGUAACGCCGUUCAUCCAUCAUCUAUUUAUUGUGUAUCAAUUCCAAAUGAUGUCAAACAAUAACACGUGUACGAUCUCUUAUUAACAGACAUUAUCUGAGGGUUGGUGCUUCGGCUCUGGAACCAAAAACCAGCAGAGUGUGUUUCAGUUCGGCCUGCUGUGGAAGCCCAAAGUGGACGUGCCUUCUUUCCUUUCAUGUUUCUCAUGUGUUGUUACGUCAUUGUUUUAUUCCCCUGUGAAGUCUUUAGUUGUUGUUGUUGAGGUGUUUUUUCUCUUCGUUGAACUAGCCCUGGUGGUUAUCACUGUUAAUGUUAUUGGUCUUCUGUAGCAGUCUUUAUCUCAUUUCUGAAGUGAAGUCUCUGAACUCUGAUUUCUGAUUGUUGGUUGAAUGGAUGGAGAAGAAAGCCGUUGUUGUUAUAGACUGAGAGGAAACUAGAGGAUUAUUUUCAGGUGUUCAGAACAAUUAAAAGCAGUGAUGGUUGAAUCUCCAUUAUGUUCCAGAAGAAAUUUGGGUUUUUAUAUGAGAUGAUUCUUCUACAAAGCAGCACUUUCCAUUAACUCCCAGUCUAAAAACUCCCAGGUUGAGAUGAAAGAAACAGAUGAACUGGUCAAUGUAUCCAUGAUCUUCUCACACUUUACACGACAUUGUUCUGCUGUUUGUGUUUAUUGUCACGGUCGCAUGUGAAACCUUGUUUGUUUUCUUCAUUGUUGCCUCUAGGACUGA